AUGCGCAAAGUGCGCCGUAGCCACACCAAGUCCCGAAAGGGUUGUGUGCAGUGCAAGAAUGGUCAUGUGAAGUGCGACGAGGUGAUGCCCACUUGUGGUUUGUGCCUGAAACGCAAGCAAGAAUGUACCUGGCCGUCUGGUUCCGGAAAUGACACCCACAGCCAGGAAUCCUCCACUCCCAAAGAUGGCAGUGAUGCACAUAAUGGGACCAGUGAGUCGCCAUCGUCUUUUGCUUCGGACCACUUGAGGUGCUUGGAGAUGCGCCUGUUCCAUCAUUACAUGGUCGAGACGUACCUCUCGAUGCCGGAGGGUAGACUUACUCAUCAUCACUAUCAAGUGGUUAUUCCGAAAUUCGCGGCCAACCAUGCGUUUCUGUUGGAUGCCAUGCUGGCCCUGUCGGCUAUGCACCUUGCCUUUCUUAAUCCUAGCGAGACUCGCUACUGGUUGGAGCUUGGGUUGAAGUAUCAGACUAGUGCUUGCACUUCGCUUAGUCGACUUUUGACAGUUGACGUGACGCCCGACUAUUUUGGACCGGCUUUUCUUAGCUCGGUGUUUAUCAUGUUGACAGCAACCGCUUAUCCUAGUGUCUCGCGGGACAAGAUUGCCUUUAAUGCGCUUUCCCAGGUGCUAGAGAUGCGGCGGUUGUUGACUGGAUGUUCACUUUUAAUGGAGAGACUGCGAAGUAGCCCCUCACCUGAAAUGAUGCAAUGGUUCAAUGUUCAGGGUUCUGUCCGUAAGGAUGAUUCUCCCAGAGAAAAAGUAAAAGAUCAAAACAUGCACCGGAUACACGGCGCCCUCAGUGACUCUCUUCAACAAUUAUAUCCGCUCAUCGAGAGUUGCAGCACACCCCAAAGAGGUGCUUACCAAAAUACGUGGGACUUGUUAAGAGAUUCCGUUCAUAGUUGGCCAAUGUACGGUGCCCGGGGUGGUUUUAUCGCUCUUCCGAUCCAUGUCAGCGAUGCCUUCCUCACCCUGUUGCAGGAGGACGAUUGGAUGGCUCGUAUUCUAUUUCUACACUACGGCGUCGGUCUGCAUCUCCUCUCACACCGGUGGUAUGUUGGCGAUUGGGGACGACGCCUGGUGGACUCGAUUAUUGAACCUCUGGAAAGCGAGAUUCCACCUGAAUGGGUGAACGUCGUGAUGUGGGCGAGAAUGACAGUUGGGCUAGAUGUUGCUGUGCCGUGA